GAGAGCAAUGGAUCUCUAAUGUCUCUAAAAUGUUUCAUGGACUCAGAAAAACAGCCCUAUUUUCAGCUUUGUGAUGCUGUAGUUCCACAGUAAAUCAACAAUCUGCACAUUUAAUCUGGAAUGUAUGUGGCAGGAUGUGAUUUUCUAAGAUCAGCUGAUUACUGUACAACAAUUCCAGUUUGUGCAAAAUGUUUUCCUUAUUUUUAACACAGUUUCACUAAAAGGUGUAGUUCCAAAGGAAUAUCAGUUUGCACAUUUACUCCUCACGAUGAAGCUGAUUCUGUCUUUCACUCUCAUCUGGAUGCUCUCCAAAACAGUUUCUUCCUCUUUUUGAACGCAGUUUCACUAAAAAGUGCCGCUCCAAAGGAAUAACAGUAAUCUCCACAUUAACUCCUCACGAUGAAGCUGAUUCUCUCUUUCACUCUCAUCUGGAUGCUCUCCAGCACAGCUGCAGCUCUUCAGUGUCUGCAGGACAGGCACGGCCACAUUCCAGUUCUAGAGCAGUGUGACUCUGAUGAUGAGUUGUGUGCAACAACUGCCCUUCAUGGUGAUAUGGAAGGAGAGGUUUCACAGCACACUCUCAGGUCCUGUGCCCCGUCCUCUCUCUGCACUGUACAGGGUCAAAUAUUGUCAAACAGUGUUGCUUUUUAUAAGAUAGCUGCAUCUGUUCAUUGCUGCAACACAGAUGGCUGCAACAGUCAAAAUUUCACGUACCCUGAUGGACAGACAAAACUAAAUGGCCUGCAGUGUCUCAGCUGCACUCAUCGUCCCGAUCCUGUCUGUAACGGGACAGUACAGUGUGCAGGCGUGGAGGACCGCUGCUUUGAUGGAAAUUGGACAGAUGGGGGCGACCCUUUUCCAUGGCGUGGCUGUGCCUCUGCAAACGUGUGUGAAGUUCUUUCUCAGCUGAAAGUCCAAACUUUUUUAGAAAAGUUUAAUUUAAAACUCACCAGUGCACCAAGAUGUUGUGGAAGCAGCUUCUGUAAUUCAGCCGGGACUGUCAAACUGAGUGUUGGUCCUGUGCUGCUUGGUCUCAUUGUCCUUGUCCUCUAUUAGAACCAAGAGGGAAAUAGAGCUGAGAGGUAAACUGAAACACAAACAAACUAAAAAAUGUCAUUCAGAUCAGGAAUACUAAAUGUUCCUAAUGAGUGUGGUUUAGCAAAAGUAGCGCCUAGUUGAGAGCUUUAGUUCCCACCAACCUGUUCCUGUGUUUAGUAAAAGCUGUUCUGCUUUUGAGAGAGUUACUGCCUUAAAAACUACAACACCCAGUAGUCCUCCAGUUUGGUGUUUUUAUCUCUUAUUGUAUAGACAGAUCUGCUUUAGGAGUUUAGUACCAUAUUCUUUCAGUGAAAUUAGUUGUUCAAAAUUUCUGUAUGAAAAUGAUGAACUCAUCUUUUUUCUGUGUCCCAUACAUCAUUAUCAUCAUUAUCUCUGGUUUAUGUAGUAAAAGCUACUUUGUGAUGUUCAAACUUUUCUGAUGAAAAUAAACUGGUUCAUUAAUGGAC